CAGCAGAGUUGGUCCACUGCGACUUUGUGUCAACGCAAAGUUCGGGUCCGAUCGAAAGCUUGUGUACAGAGCGCAAACUUAGCAGGAUGACAAAGAAACAGGUGGGGAAGUGAUCGACGUCCGGGGAAUCACGCUGAGUUAUUCAAAGCCGUCCUAAUGUGAAGUAAAUGAGAACAGAGACCCCCCCGCCGCCACCUGGAAAACACUAAAGAACUAAGUGGAUUGAAGAAGGCAGCCACUGAGUGAGGGAGUUGGGGUUGGGAGGGGAGACACAGAGAGGAUUAGCAGCUAAUCCAGUCCAACGAACAAUCCUGGGGGAGCUUUAUCGUCCUUCCAAGACGUCGCAGACAAAACAGAACCCGGACUGAAACACUGACAACAGCGUGUCCGACUUGAUCUGCCUUUUGCUGUGACGGUUUUAAUUCAGAGAGGACUUGGAUCUUUAGUGCAAAGGAACCAGUGAACUAAAAACAAAAGCGACAGGAUGUCCCGUGGACAGCAUGAUGCCACACACAUGGAUAAACCUUUUCUAGUAGGAGACAGCACAUGACCAUGGGCCCCUGCUUUUUCACCUUGGCCUGACAGAAAAACACUGAAGGUCUUGUUGGAAUUUAUGAUCAGGCCUCACUUACAUGGACCCAAAGCUGGAUUUUAUCCUUGACUGAUGUAAACUGAAAGUCCAGACAUUAUCAGUCAUUUUAAAGGGAAAUUACACAACUUUUCUUCCAUCAUGAGUCUGGGAAAACUGCCAGGGAUUAAAGGCCUUGUGUCUGGCUCUCAGGGUAAACGUCGCUUCAAGAGCGACCUCUCAGUGGACAUGAUCAGCCCCCCCCUUGGGGACUUCCGUCACACCAUGCACGUGGGCCGCGGUGGAGACGUGUUUGGUGACACUUCCUUCCUAAGCAACUAUGGGGGCAUCCGGGAGCCGGGAAGUCCGGACUCAGCGAGCAGCUCCAAGUCAUCCAGCUUCUUCACACGCACCUUUCGCCACGUACGGAGAACCUCUGGACCUCGGCCCCGAGGGGGUUCUCGGGAUUUGUCAUCUCCACCUCCAGACAUCUCACCCAUCAUUAAAAAUGCCAUCUCUUUGCCUCAGCUGAACAUUGACUCUGUCAAUGGGUGCCUACAGAGGGCGUUGUUCCCCAACUCCAUCAGCUCAGCGGAUGACUCCUUCUGCACAUAUGGUGUACAGUCUGGAUUUGUCACUCUGCCUCGAGUCUCUCGAUUUGAAAGACAGCUUCAAGGUGGCGACGUCUGGAAACCGUCUUCAGCAGACAAUGGUUGCAGCACCAUGACUCGCUCUGACUCCCUGACCUCAUUCAUUGUUGACCUUGGCCCUUCUCUAAUGACUGAGGUGUUUGCUUUGAUUGACAACCCUAGCUCUCUACAGAUAUCCAAUCACAGCCAGGCAGCAAGUGAGAAAGAGGAAGGAGAUGAAGAGGAAAAAGGUGACAACAGCUCUCUGACAGAGACACCCGUUCAGACCCCAACAGUGAGUUCCCCGAACCCUUCCCUAUGCAGCGGGUCUUUUAGGCCCAAGGAAAACGGAAGAAGUAGCCCUAACUGGAGAGAGCAUAAGGAGGACAGGGUGUCUGUGAGGACGCCUGAUGCGUCCUCCUGUUCUUCUCACAAGGAGGAAUCAGUUAUAGAGGCAGAGAGGUUCCAGAGAGCCGCUAAUGUACUCGCUCGGCAUUACGGUGGAGGAUCCUUUACAAGAGAAAUGAGCCAAAAAAGCCAAAAAACACCCCAUUCUUUAUCUGAAGAGGAGAUCAAAGUAUAGACAUUAGGAAUGGAAACUGUCUGGAUCAUAUUAUUGUUGGAUUAAUGUCACAAAUGGGGGACAUUUUUCUCGUUCUUGGACUCUUGUUGCUACUUCAUUAGAUUAUUUCUUGUACAAUAUAAUGGACUAUGUUCAGUCUGUAAAGGAAAGGAGAUUUAUUAUCUGUCUUUAAACACUGCCCACCUGGUUUUCUAUCACUGUAUCUGUGAUAUAUAAACUAACACUAUGAAAGUAAGAGGCUCAGAAAACACAUAUUUGAUUAGAAAUGUUUUAAGGUGGUUUGGAAAACAUUUAUACGGACAUAUAUUCUAUAUUUUUAUCUUCAUGCUGAUAUAUACACUUUAUAAAUAACACUUUUGUACAUUUCUCGAGCUAUAAUAUUAAUCUGUGUAAAUUGUUUCAGCUUCCCGGCAAGUAUAUACUUAGAAAAGUAGGACUUUUGACUCUUAAAUGAUUUAAUGCACACCUGUAACAGUCUAAUUUGUAAUCAGAGCUGGUGCUUUAGUAUAUUUUAAUUGGUUUGUCAUUUCUAGAUAAUAUAAAUAUGUAUUUCUCUACUCAA